AUGCCGAAAAAAGGAAUAAAAGAGAGAAUACAAGCUGGCGAUAUUAUCAUAGUUGCAGAAGGGUAUGUUUUUGAAUUUGAAAGAAGAGGAUAUUUACGUGCUGGGUGUUUUGUUCCCGAAGUUGUGUUGGAGCAUCCAGAACAAGUAAAAGCUGUGCAUGAAGAAUACGUACAUGCAGGGAGUGAUGUAGUACUGGCAUUUACAUAUUAUGGUCACAGAGAGAAGCUUAAGCUCAUCGGAAGAGAAGACGACCUAAAAAGUUUAAAUCUAAAAGCGCUUCGGCUGGCAAAGGAAGUAGCAGACCGUACAAAUACUCUUUUAGCGGGAAAUAUCUGCAAUACUACCAUAUACAAGAGAGAUUGUCCUGAUACUGUAGAGAAAUCUAGAGCUAUAUUUAAGGAGCAAAUAGAAUGGGCUAUAUCUGAAGAUGUAGAUUAUAUUGUGGCAGAAACAUUCAGUGAAUAUGGGGAAGCAGCAUUAGCACUAGAAUGCAUAAAAGAAUAUGGGAAAGGUUUUCCUGCUGUUGUAACAAUGAUAGCGCAUGCCAAUGACAAAACAGUAGACGGAUUAACGUUUGGUGAUGCAAUGAACAAGUUGUACGCUGCAGGCGCUGAUGUUGUAGGACUAAACUGUGGAAGAGGACCUACUACCAUGUUGUCUUUGAUUCGGGACAUUCGAAAAACAUACAAGGGUCCUCUGGCGGCACUUCCUGUUCCUUAUAGAACCACUCCAGAUGAGCCUACAUUUCAGUCUAUAACCAAUCGCGAGACAGAAAGACAAGCCUUUCCCGAAGAUUUAACAGCUUUUUACUGCAGUAGGACUCAAAUUCGGAAGUUUGCAGAGGAGGCGAGAGAACUUGGAGUCCAGUAUAUUGGGCUCUGUUGCGGAAAUGCAUCACAUUUCAUUAGAAUAGUUGCGGAGGUAUACGGCCGGAAUCCACCUGCAAGCAAAUAUUCUCCGGAUAUGUCGCAGCAUUUCAUAUGGGGCGAUAAAAAUUUUGACAGCUACCAUAUGGAAUACAGAAAGACGUUAGCCCCCAAAUAACAGAGGCUCGAUACGUGUUGCCACUAGCCUUAAUAGAAAGAAG